AUGGACGCCGUCUUCGCAAAGAUUGCACAGGACACGGUCAAAUUCGACCUCGGCGAUGAAGAGGGCUGGAGGAGCCUGUAUGAGCCUCUUUAUGGCAACCCGCCCGAAAACGUUGGUGUGGUGAAAGAUGAACGAUAUGGGCCGGCCGAGCGCAACCGGUUGGAUGUAUACUUCCCUCUUGACGACGAGAGAGAAGGAAAGCCGGUGGUGCUGUUUGUCCAUGGAGGAGGAUUCUUUUCCGGGGACAAGGGAUGGAGUGAAAAGUGCUGGGCCAAUGUGGGAUACUUCUUCUCGCAACACGGCUGUGUCACCGUUCUUGCCAACCAUCGCCUGGUUCCGAACGUUGUCUAUCCUGGAGGUGCAGAUGAUAUGCAAAUGGCUCGCGAAUGGGUCUUUCAUAAUAUCGGUGCGCAAAAGUACGGACGAGGAUCACCAGAGAAGGUCGUACUCCUGGGCCACUCCUCUGGCGGAGCGCAUAUUGCUAUGAACCUAUACGCUGCAGGAGACCCCAAGCGGACACCUGAGCUACCGAUUUUCCCUCCUGUUGCGGGUGUCAUCUAUCUGAGCGUGCCUUUCUGGUUCGAUAGGAGAAAGCCCGUCCGGCAAAGAGUCAUUCGACAUUAUUACGGAUCGGAUGAGGAGGAGGUCUGGGGUCCUAAAUCCGCGCUUGGUCUGUUCAAGACUCUGCCGGACGAUUCUCCAUUGUUAAAAGAAACAGCCGAUGCUACCGUGGCCUUCUUCAAUGCGUACCGCGAACGCAGCAAGCCUUCUGGUACGCUGCCCAGUUUCCACGUACAGGACAAACACAAUCACGUCAGUAAUGUCUUGUCCAUCGGGACGACGGAUUCGGCUCAGGCUGAGAAGUUGCUGGAAUUUGUCCGGUCCUGCGUGGAAAAGGUUGAGAAAAGAGAACAAGGUAUUGUUUGUACCAAUUCCCAGCUGGAAAUACUGGCAGGAGAUGAUUAA